CGGCGUGGACUCGGGCCGCUGCCGCCAUCCCGCUGGCGAGAGGGAGAGAGAGGCCCGCCCGCUCGCCGGCUGGGCCAGUGUGGGCCAGUGCGUGAGGGCGCGGGGGGCCGUGUCAGCGAGACGCAGAGCGCAGCCGCCACCCCCGAACGGACAUGUUGGAGCCCAGCGCCGCCGCCGCCUCCUUUUCCUCAUCCAGCAAACGGGACUGAGAAGGGGCCCGCCACCCCUCCGCCGCUGCCUCUGCUCGGCCGCUCGCCUCGCCGCCUCGGCCGCAGCCCCUUCUUGCCGGGCCUCGGGCUCCGCAGCUCGUCGCCUCCCCCGCCCCAGGCUUGGCCGGUUCCCCGGCCCCGCUCCGCCGCGGCGCGAGGUCUAUGUGACCGGCGGGCCUGGAGCAGCCGCCGUCGCAGCGCGAACAUGGACGCCGUCAACGCCUUCAACCAGGAGCUCUUUUCACUUAUGGAUAUGAAACCUCCCAUCUCUAGAGCCAAGAUGAUUCUCAUCACUAAAGCUGCUAUAAAAGCUAUUAAGCUUUAUAAGCAUGUAGUUCAAAUAGUAGAAAAGUUCAUCAAAAAGUGUAAACCGGAGUACAAAGUUCCAGGAUUAUAUGUAAUUGACUCAAUAGUGCGACAGUCUCGUCAUCAGUUUGGAACUGAUAAAGAUGUUUUUGGGCCAAGAUUCUCUAAAAACAUAACUGCCACAUUCCAAUAUUUAUAUCUCUGUCCAUCUGAAGAUAAGAGUAAAAUAGUUCGUGUGCUGAACCUUUGGCAAAAAAAUGGAGUGUUCAAAAUUGAAAUUAUUCAGCCUCUUUUGGACAUGGCAGCAGGAACCAGUAACGCUGCCCCUGUAGCAGAAAAUGUUACCAACAAUGAAGGUUCACCUCCACCUCCAGUCAAAAUUUCUUCUGAACCACCACAAACCACUCCAAACUCCAUACCUACAGUACCACAGUUGCCCAGCUCUGAUGCUUUUGCUGCUGUGGCUCAACUGUUUCAGACAACUCAAGGCCAACAGCUUCAGCAGAUCCUUCAGACUUUUCAACAACCUCCAAAACCACAGUCUCCCGCUCUUGACAAUGCUGUGAUGGCUCAGGUUCAGGCUAUCACAGCUCAGUUAAAGACAGCUCCUACACAACCACCUGAACAAAAAGCUGCUUUCCCCCCACCUGAACAAAAAACUGCAUUUGACAAGAAGCUGCUUGAUAGAUUUGAUUAUGAUGAUGAGCCAGAAGCUGUGGAAGAAUCAAAGAAGGAAGAUGUUGCUGCCGUCACCACUGCAACACCUGCUGCUGUGGCCCCUCCUGCAUCUUCUGUGGCCACACCUGCUACUGCUGCCGCUGCAGCCACUGCUGCUGCACCCACUGCCACCUCACCACCCCCUCCACAGACAGCAUUUGGAUUUCCUGGAGAUGGCAUGCCGCAGCCAGCUUAUGCACAGCACCCAAAUAUGGAUCAGUUUCCACCUCGAAUGAUGGGGAUACAACAAGAUCCAGUACACCAUCAGGUUCCUCUUCCUCCUAAUGGACAAAUGCCAGGAUAUGGACUUCUUCCUACACCUCCAUUUCCUCCCAUGGCUCAGCCUGUGAUCCCUCCAACUCCACCAGUACAGCAGACUUUCCAACCUUCUUUUCAGGCACAAAAUGAACCACUUACACAGAAGCCACAUCAGCAGGAGAUGGAAGUGGAACAACCUUGUAUUCCAGAGGUUAAGCGGCAUAUGUCUGACAGCAGAAAGUCAAGAUCUAGGUCAGCAUCCAGGUCACCAAAAAGGAGACGAUCUAGAUCUGGUUCUAGAUCUCGAAGGUCUCGUCAUCGACGUUCCCGAUCUCGGUCCAGGGAUAGACGCCGACAUUCUCCUCGAUCUCGGUCCCAAGAAAGGCGGGAUCGAGAAAAAGAGAGGGAACGGCGACAGAAAGGCCUGCCUCAAAUCAAGCCAGAAACUGCAAGCGUUUGCAGUACUACACUCUGGGUGGGGCAGCUGGACAAAAGGACUACUCAACAGGAUGUUGCCAGUCUUUUGGAAGAGUUUGGUCCCAUUGAAUCAAUUAAUAUGAUUCCUCCCCGGGGCUGUGCCUAUAUUGUUAUGGUUCAUAGGCAAGAUGCCUAUCGUGCCCUGCAGAAACUGAGCCGUGGAAACUAUAAAGUAAAUCAAAAAUCCAUAAAGAUUGCCUGGGCCUUAAACAAAGGAAUAAAAGCAGAUUAUAAACAGUAUUGGGAUGUAGAACUUGGAGUUACUUAUAUUCCGUGGGACAAAGUCAAACCUGAGGAAUUGGAGAGUUUUUGUGAAGGAGGAAUGUUGGACAGUGAUACGCUUAACCCAGAUUGGAAAGGAAUUCCCAAGAAGCCUGAAAAUGAAGUCGCUCAAAAUGGAGGUGCAGAAACCUCACAUACAGAACCAGUAUCACCCAUACCUAAACCUUUACCUGUGCCUGUCCCUCCUAUUCCUGUUCCUGCACCUAUAACAGUGCCACCUCCACAGGUCCCACCACAUCAGCCGGGCCCUCCUGUAGUUGGUGCUCUUCAGCCGCCCACUUUCACACCUCCUUUGGGAAUUCCCCCUCCAGGCUUUGGUCCUGGUGUUCCUCCACCGCCGCCUCCUCCACCAUUUUUGCGCCCAGGGUUCAAUCCAAUGCAUUUACCACCAGGUUUUCUUCCUCCUGGACCCCCACCUCCUAUAACUCCACCAGUAUCCAUUCCUCCUCCUCACACUCCACCAAUAAGCAUCCCAAACUCUACUAUCGCUGGUAUAAAUGAAGACACUACAAAAGACUUAUCUAUUGGAAAUCCCAUUCCAACAGUGGUGUCUGGGGCUAGAGGAAAUGCCGAGUCUGGUGACAGUGCGAAAAUGUAUGGCUCUGCUGUGCCACCUGCUGCACCCACGAAUCUGCCUACCCCUCCUGUAACCCAGCCUGUUUCACUUCUUGGCACUCAAGGAGUUGCUCCUGGUCCUGUGAUCGGGCUGCAGGCACCGUCUACUGGUCUUCUUGGUGCCCGACCUGGCCUCAUCCCGCUCCAGCGCCCUCCAGGAAUGCCUCCACCUCACCUACAGAGAUUCCCUCUGAUGCCACCCCGCCCCAUGCCGCCGCACAUGAUGCACAGGGGUCCGCCACCAGGACCAGGGGGCUUUGCAAUGCCUCCCCCACAUGGAAUGAAAGGGCCCUUCCCACCACAUGGCCCUUUUGUUAGACCUGGUGGGAUGCCAGGGUUGGGGGGCCCAGGGCCAGGCCCAGGGGGGCCCGAAGACAGAGACGGAAGGCAGCAGCAAUCCCAGCCACAGCCACAGCAGCCACCUCCACCACAGCCACAGCCACAGCAGCCACCACCGUCACAGCAGCCACCUCCAGCCCAGCAGCAGCCACAGCAGUUUAGAAAUGAUAGCAGGCAGCAGUUCAAUUCAGGUAGAGACCAAGAAAGGUUUGGAAGAAGAUCUUUCGGAAAUAGGGUGGAAAAUGACCGGGAACGGUAUGGGAACCGUAAUGAUGAGAGAGAGAAUAGUAAUCGAGACAGGAGAGAGUGGGGAAGGAGGAGCCCUGACCGGGACAGGCACAGAGACUUGGAAGAGAGAAAUAGACGCUCUAGUGGGCAUCGAGACAGAGAGAGAGAUUCUAGAGAUAGAGAGUCUCGUAGAGAGAAGGAAGAAAACCGAGGAAAGGAAAAGCCUGAGGUGACAGACAGGGCAGGUGGUAACAAAACCGCUGAACCUCCUGUUAGCCAAGUGGGAAAUGUAGAUACUGUUUCAGAACUUGCUAAGGGGGAGGCCGAGGCCACAGUGGUGAAACCUUCCGAAGAGUUACCUGCUGAGGCUACCUCAUCCGUUGAACCCGAAAAGGAUUCUGGCUCAGCAGCAGAGGCUCCUCGCUAGAGACUGGAAUUUGUCCCAACGUGACAGUGACACUUCUGGAGUGUAGAGCGUGAGGUGUACAGAUGCUGUAUUAUAUUUGCUCCUGCUAUAUCACAGCCCCGCAGUAGUUGGUGGGGAAUUGUAAGCAAUUUGAUUGCUUCCCUUCUAUUUAAAAAUAGCCACAAAAUAACAAAAAAUACUGAAGAUAUGAAUAAAUAUUACCCUUUUUGCUGUAACUUUUUAAAAGUUUUGACUUUAAAAAGUUUACAAAUCGUAAUUAGAAGUGCUCUCUAUUUUUUUUUUUUUUUAAUUUAAGACAAGGUAACGGUGAAAGCUCCUCAAAACAAUAGGGAUGUUUUUAAUAAACUCUAUUUUCGUAACAAACUUUAAUGUGUGCUAUUCUUCCUACACUGCAUUAAGGUAGAAAAGGAUUGUUCACCGAAGUUUGAGCUCUUCAUGUAUUGGAGUCUAAAUUAGACUUGUUUGAUGGAAAUACAUUUUCAUGUAGUUAUUCUCAGACACUAUCAUUUGUAAUUCUUUUGAUUUUUAGCAUUUUAAUCAUAAGUUUAGCAAUUUGUUAUUUGAAAAGCUUGUUUGCAGUUCAAUCAGGGUUUUUGUUUUUUUCCAUUGGCUUUGUGGUAAUAUCCUAAUUAAUUUGUAAAAAUAUUUUACAUGGGGAAAAAUUGGAUUCCCAAACAUGUUGUAUAAAUUAUUUGGUUACCUUGGUAACUUAGUAGGUUGGGUUGUUUUUUUUAAAUCAUCCCGUUAAAAUUUUCUAAAAAGGUAAAAUGAAAUCAAGGUUAACAUUUGCAACUUGAAAGCUUUUUGUCUUAUUUUAUAUAAGGACUUAAAUGCAACCUAUUGUUUCUUAUAAGCAUUGCCUAUUGCCUUUACCGUUUUAAUUCCCCUGCUGCGCAGAGGUAGACUGAAACUUUUACCAUAUGAAGUAUUCUCUUUUGCUUAUAACUGUUGGGUUAACUAGGAAAAUAGGUUUAAGUUGUCCAAGAAGUACCACUUGAAAACAUUUCAAACCAAAACAAGCCUUUAUAAGAAACAGUACAAAAAAGCAGUUACAUGAAACCGCUUACCCAGUGCCAAGAUAGUCCUAGUAUUUGCAGCCUUCAGGCUUUUUCUUAAAUUACAUUCUUACACUGUCCCAGUUUCAAAUGUGCUGAGUAGUUAAAUUUGUUUACCCUUGUGCUCAGUGAAGGUGCUUCAUUAUUUUAGUACUCUUCAGUAAGAUCCAUUUUGAUGAGGAUAAUAUAUCUAGGACAGUGUACUGUUCCUGCCUUUAGAACACAAAAGCCCAUUUCAUAUCUGUAAACUUCAAUUUACAAAACUUGUCCUUCGUUUAGUGUCGACCCAACUGAAACUCCUUCCAGAUUUCAAGUACUUGUCUCUUUGCAGUUUAAGCUUCUACUUCCAGUUCAAAGUAUUGAGAUCACCCCAUUUAUUUGCACAUGAAAACAAAAGCAAAUAAUAGUAACUUGUAGUAUGACUGCAUUUAAAGCUACACACGUCUGUCCCUGUAUUUGAAUCAUCCCACAUGAGCAACAAACUACAUUAACAAAAUCUGGGAACGAAUACUGUUUUAAAAUUCUCUAUCUGGUCAUUUUAACCACUUACCAUGUAUGAACACAUUCUUCACCUCAAAUCUGAACUUUGGAAACAGUAUAUUUUUCCAAUUUAGCUGUGCUCCUAAAUGACUUCUUAGAUCUCAUAAAGUACAUAUUGAUAGGAUUAUAGUUUAUUCCGAUUAUCAGAACUAUUUAUACAAUUCAAUUCUUAAUAAACAACUGUAACCCAGAUAGUCACAAGCCUCAGAUUAACACUUCAUUUAAACAUUUUUCUCACAGGUACAGGUACACACACAUUUACAUUAAAAGGAAGAGAACUGAUUUCUCUGUCCAAUUGCAACUUGGGUAAAUUAUGUAAAUUCUUGCACUAUUUCAACAGUCAGAAGCCAACAAUCAAAUAUUUCCCUGGUUCCCUCUUCUAGUACUGUAGUAUCUUCAGAGGGCCAAUCUGAAGAAAAGAGAUUGUGCCAACUUCCACUCUGUAAAGUAGAAUAGGUGUCAUUCUGACAGGUAGGUCAAUUAAUCUUAGCUAACUAAGGCUAUAAUUUAUUUGCCUUUUAUAAGUUCACUAAAAGUUAUCAAAGAGCUUCCUUAAACCAUACUACAUGCUUAAAAAAAAAAAAAAUCAGGUACUUUAUGAAUCAAAAUGCUUAGUAACGAAGCAGGGAAAUUUCCCUAAAACUGACAAAGGACAAAUUUGGGUUGCCAUAGCUAAAAAGAGAAGUUGCUAAAAAUUUUUAUACAUUUUGAUGGCCCCUCUCAAACAUUUUGAAAAUGAGAGUGCUAUGAGAUCAUUAGUAUUACUAAAUCUGUUCCAUUCAUGCUCUGUAUAAAUAAGUAUCAGAGCUUAAUUUAGAAUUUUGAUUUUGAUACUUUAAUAAGCCAAAAAUAAAUGCCAUCCAUACACAGGGUGUUUAUUCCCAAGCUUGAAUGAGAACUGAAGAAAUUCUGACAGUUUAAUACCCAUUUGUGUUAAUCUGGUAAAAUACAGAGAUCAUUGAAACAUUUUAAUUGAGUUUUAUAAAACUAUACAAAUUUUCCAAGUAAUUGUAAUAUCAGUUCUCAUUACAAAUACUUAAAGCAAUUAAAAAGAAGUCACACAAUUACACUUUUAGAUUACAAUGUUUAAUGUUAUCAAGUUAAAUUUCUACAGCUAGCAGGAUAACAGAUGAGUUAAUGGGACUCGGACCACAUGGAAGGGAAUGUUUACUGCGCGAUCCCAAUUACACCACAAGCCAGCCGACUUCCAGCAUUUCCCGUCUUUGUACUUUCUUCAUUUCCACCUUUGCCCAAGUCAUCUGGUUUUUCAUGGAUCUUUAAAAAAAUUUAAGAACAUUUAACUUUGAGCUAUAAAGUAGUGUAUCAUCUCUUCCCAACAAUAAUCUAACGACUUAAUAUUAGAAAACAACAUGUUAAAAUAAUCCAACUAGCAGGAAAAAUGCUAACAUUUAUGCUAGGAGUUUCAAAGUAGAAACUACUACUCAAAGUUUCUUGUUGGUGCAAAGAUAUGUUACCUUUAAACUCUAGGUAAGUGUUGCUAUCUCUAAAAGAAAUACUGAAAAUUCCAACACCACAUGGUCGUCUUCAUCCAUGAAAAAUUAGAGUAACCUUAGAGUAAACUUAUCAAAAAAAUUCAGGCCUAAUGAACUAUAGACCUGUAAAUAAGAGACAAUCCUAAAAACAAACUACUUAGCAAUGGUAUUUUAAAUUUUGUUCAUUAAAUGAUUCUUCUACUUCACCAAUAGGGCUGAAGAAAAUUCUAAGGAUAAAGGGUCCACUGAAAGGAAGUACCUACUGAAAUGUUAACUGCCCUGAGGGGGCAAGAGAGCCUUUCCUACCUGGUGGCAUGCAUGCAGCAGACACAGCUCCAGGGUAACUUGGGAGGACCAUUCCACAUGAUAGCCUACACAUCUGACUCAUUAUCAAUACUCAAGUCCAUCCCAGAUUUUAGAUUUAAUAAAAUAUUCUAUUACCUACAAGGGGAAACAAUCAUGGCAAGAAAAUAUGGCUGCUUUAAAACUAAAAACUACUAUUACCCCAAUUUGAAUCUAAUAUCUUUUUACUGCAUCUUAACAGUAUUCUUAACUAAAUUAAUUCAGCUUCACUGCAGACAUCCAAUAAAAUAACUGCUUUUCCUAAUCUGAACUAAAAGUAUAAUUUAUGUGAAUAUUUAAAAACCGGGACUAACCAUUGUGAAAUUGUGAAAAGAUAUGCCUGUAUGUUAGAAGAAAUCAUAGGAUUUUUUCUUUUUAUACAAAACUUACCACCAUUGUGCGGCCAAUGAUGGAAUGCUCUCCCAAGAGUGAGAUCAGAGAAUCUUCAAUGGACACAAUGGCCACACCAUCUUUGUCAGCAAGCACAUUGCCCAGGUCUCCAACAUGCCUGACAAUGAAAAAUUAACAGAUGUAAAUUAAACUUGCAGUCAAACCUAUAGAGCAGGCUAAGAGGUAUACAUCAAGUAGGAUCACUUUUCCAGACUGACAACAUUUCAGAAACAAAAAUUUAAAAACAAGCUGAGAAAGAGUCCUGGGAUAGGGAUGACCUCAAUUUCAGAGAUAAAAGUACCACGGGGUAAACUCUCAGUUACUAAGUCAUCCCUCUUAGUUAAUGGAACAAUGAAGAAAGCUAUGCCCCUAGGCCUGUUAUAAAAAUAAAUUUCUUAUCCUUAAAUUUAAUAUUCUGAAAGGUUUUCAGAAAACAUACACAUACAAAUGGAGUCUCAACUUAGUUUCCAGCAUGACAUUUUCAUCUACAGAUGCUUCCUAGGUUUCAUAGUGAUGCUUUAUUUUGCUAGUGGCCAACAGUACUGUUAUUAUUGACAUUUCCUGUAUUAGUUCCCUUUGGCACUUGUAUUAGUUCUAUGUUCAAUAAAUGGUACAAA